GAAGAAUUCGGCGGGAGAGCAGGAGGGCCUCCGUUGCUCGAACACUCCUCCAUUCUUCAAGCAGCCCACUUUUUCUGAGUGACGUGCCAUCCCCUAUCCUCGAAGCGUCAUGGCCUGUCCGCUGAGGAGGUAUCCCUACCGUGACCGCACGCCGUCCGACCGGCUGCUGGACAUCGUGCAGCUCAGGUCCGACCUGCUGGACAAGCGCGAGAGCGACCUCAAGAGCCGCUACGAACUCAUCGACGAGAACACGUCACUCCGACGAUACAACAAAAUCCUCGAAGACGAAGUCGAGCAACACACAGAGGGGGAGGGCAGCAAACAGAGAGAGGGACAUGACAUGUUGUGUGUUUGGCCUUCCUCGCCCACUGAUGGAUGCAGGUUGACGAGCUUGAGGCGGAGAACAGCCGCCUGGCGAAUCGUUUCCGCACCGCCCUCGCCCUCGAGGACCAGGCGACGAGCAGCGCCCGCAAGCUCAACGACGAGGUGGACACGCUGCGCAAGACGGUCACGGACCUGAGCGACAGCAACACCGGCCUCCGACACGAAAACCGACGGCUCAGGGUCGGUCACACACACACACACACACAGACAGCGGCGCACACACCUGACUGUCUGCCUGCUUAUGUCUGUCUGUCUGUCUGUCUGUGUGUUUGUCAGUAUGCGGUUGACUGUGUGGGCAAGCCGCUGUGUUGGUCGGGCAUCGGUCCCGUGGGCGGCGGUGUGUACGUGGAGACCAUCCAGUGGCGCGUCACGGGCAUGACCCGCAAGCUCCGCAGCAUCCCAAUGUACAGCGCCAUCACCAGCCCUAUCCUCUCAAGUGCCCGACUCGGACUCUUCAAGUCAGUCAGGCACACAAGAGAGAGAGAGAGAGAGAGAGGGAGAGAUCGAUGGGGAGGGUCGAUGUGUUUGUCUUUGCGUGUGUGUUUGUGUGUCGUUGUUGGUCACAUUUCAGGGUUGAGUUUGAUUUCUAUCCCAAUGGUGCAGCGGGCGCCCCGCCGCGGGCAUGCACCGUCGUGUUCCGGUAGACAGAGAGAGACAUUCAUGAGAGAGAGAGAGAGAGAGAGAGAUCUCUCGUUCGGGAGGGGGAGAGACAUGACAGAAAUGACGCCUGUGUGUGUGUGUGUGUGUGUUGGCAUGUCAGGUGCGACAAGGGCGUUACACUCAAGUUCCAGUUGUUUGUGGGCAGCAAGCGGACCAUCCCCAUCGAAUACACAUUCACCGGUACUUGCCCCCCCCCUCCUCACACUCCACACGAGAUCACUUGCUGUCUCUCUCUCUGUCUCUCUCUGUGUGUGUGUGUGUGUGUGCAUGUGUGUGUCGUGCAGGGUACGGCGGCUACCGUCACGACUUCAAGAAGGUGCGUGACGAGGUGGAGCUCGACGACACCCUACUCGUCGGCGUGGACAUCCUCGAGUGCUGCACCUGGGCAAGCCCCAUCUGCCCGCCUGCCGCAUGCGCACUUCCUCCCACCACAUGCGCCCUCGCGCCGCCCUACUGCACAUACAGGUGGGUGCGUCGUGGCAGAAGGAGAAAGGACAUAGCGAGACGUUUGUGUCUGAGUUAGGCCGCUGUCUCGUGCUCUCAGGCCCCGAUCGUGCGCGCUCGGCAGGAAGUACCUCACCGACCUGUAGAUCGACGAAGCCCAUCCCGUCCAUCCAAUACCUGCCUGUCUGUCUGUCUGUCUGAAGGUCUGUCUGUCGAAUGGAUCGACUGAGUGGAUUGAUGCCAUGAGUGAGAGUGAGAGUGGGUGUGAGUGCACUGCCCGAUCGCUGGCUGUCGUCUCGUCUGACUGAACGACCGACCGACCGGUUUGGUGUGAACGCAGAGGGACACGAAUUAGCAAAAAAAGGUGGAGGCUUGGAGGGAUCGAAUGAAUGAGUGAGUGAAUGAUGACCGUGGGAGGAAGUGCUAGUGUGUGUGGUAUGCUUUCGAGCCUUGAGUCGCACAGAUGAAGAUGUAAACAAG